AUGAUCGUCGAUGUCAAAGGCCAGGUCAUGGCUAUAUUCGCCCCGAGACCGAAAGCCACUGGCCACAACAAGCAAGAGGCUGCGAAACGGUUGUAUCUGUGUGUCUUCGGACCGCGUCUUUGGGUAGCGAACCCGCCCAUCGCAUCUCAUGCGGAUUCUUGCUUCGCCCUUUUUGCUCUCGCUGUCGUUCGAAAUCGAUCCACUACUCGAUCUGCGUGCUGCGUGGACCUAUCUGAAGCUUUCGCUUGGCUAGAGGAUCCAUCCCGAUCGCUCGACAUCUUUGGCCCGCCGUGUCCAAGAACCACAUCAAGACCUGAUCGCUUCGAAACAGGAACAAGGACGGGCGUCAUUGACAGGACCACCACGACAUCUGCGCUUCUCUCGAAUUACAUAAUACGAGAUCCGCCAAGUUCGUCCCCUUCUACGUUCUCCCUUUCAACAUCGCCCUCGAAUCCUCUUUGGGUGCGGGUCACAAAAGACAACGACAAGGCAUAUUCCCGCGACAGACGGGUCGGCAGAGACCUUUGCCCUUGUUCUUCGGUUCGUUUCGGCACGGGGAUUACCCAUCCAUCGGCUCUCGGUGAUUGUAGGCACAAAGAGCCAUUUCAGCAAGCUCGUGGCCGAGGCAACCUAUUGCUGCUAUUGUCUGAAGGAAACCAUCCUCGCGCGCGCGGCAUCCUCCUUUCCUUGGUCGUUAUCUCCAUCCAUCCCACCCACUCCCGAGUCGAGCAGGUAGCUGCUCGCUGGACGCCACCACCCAGAGAGCCGGGCAAUAGCGGGGGCGUCAACAACAAUCGCCUGGACAUCGGUAUCAACACACCUCCUAGUACCCUCAACGAUCCGCCUCCUUGCAUGUCAAGCAUGGGCCGAGAAUCCGAGGAAUCGAGCUUGCCAUCGUUGCAACACUUGAUGCUUCACGAGGAGCAAAAAGACCGGCAGAGCCUUCCACUUCCACCAUACAACGGCCUUGUCCCCCAUCGCAGUCCGCAAGUCAUCCGUCGCACCGCUUCCAUGGACGUCCACCAAUCACCUCGGCGACGAAUUACGUCGUCCUCGCUGUUCAACCUCCUCAACGAUGACUCUAGUGCUGCAAACACGACCACACCGCCGCGAGACCAAAGAGGAGGACUGGCGAGGAUUCCCCGAUCGUGUUCACCCGAUGAGACACCCAGGGCGAGUGACGUCUCUCGUUUCGGGUCGAGCACACAGUUCAUGCCGCGUAAUCCCGUCUUGGGGGCAUCUCCCCCUCAACCUGCCGGAUUCUUGGGUGGACGUCAAGCGUCGAUCCCUGCCCAUCUUCCACCUCCACCAUUCGUCCGAAGGACGUCGGAUCCGCUCAGUGAGGCCGAAUCGUCGUUUUCUGGGUAUUCCGAAGCGGAACCGUCGAUGAGGCGAUCGUUCUCGACGACGAGCUCGGCCAGCUCGAUCGAUGAUCACGAGCUCAACUUUCGACCCCUUGCCCUUCCUAAUCGCCCGCUCGUCGCCAAUGAGGGUCAACGGCUAACCCCACCGGACAAGAGGAGCGAAGACUCCUUCUUCUCCUCGUCCUACUCGUCCGCAUCCCGACCUGUCGCGACCCCCGGAUCCUCCAGGGCGCCGAUCUCUCGCACGACCAAAGCGUGUAACGCUUGCCGAAGUCGCAAGGUUCGGUGCGAUGCGGGUGGGCAGGCUGCAGCGUUGGUGGGCAGUGAGAUGCCUUGUUCGAGAUGCAAGGACGCUGGCCUGACAUGCGUCUACUCGGCUCAACAACGGAAGAGGGGUCCUACCCCUGGAACGAGGCGAGGAGAGAGCGCGACAAAGACCACCAAGAGGGCUGGAGAAGGGAACGAGACACCGAGUCGACGGCCUUCAGCUAUUAGCACUCGAAGGCCUUCCCACUUUGAUGACGACCCUACCAUCACUACGAGGAUGCUGAAUCGACCCACGCCCUACCGGUCGGCUUCCAUCUCUACCUAUUCGCAGGGACCUCACGGACCCUCCUCCAUCUUUGACUCGAGAGCGCCCUCAACCGCUCAUCCCUACCCUCACGAUAUGCAUCUCAUACCUCAGCAUGACAACAUGUACUCGUCUCCACCCGUCCCUUCUCCGACUUGGACCAAUUCUCUCAGCAACUCCUCCGCCUCUACAAGCCCAAACACGCCUUACCUCCCGACCUGGAGUCAGAUGGGCAUACCACCGGGCAGCAGUGGGGGUCCGCUCAUUACUCCUCCGGCGAUGCUAGACGGCCACUCCCAACGGCCGGCGAGUCCAGCGAUCAUGGGUUGGGCGGGUAGCGCGAUCCCAAGGGGAAAAACGCCCCCCGAUCAUCACCAACAUCCCCACGGACAGCAAGGUCGAUCGCCACAGUCGAGAAACGACUCGUACACCCACGCACACGCCUCGGCGGUGGCGAGAGAGAGGGCAUCGGCCGAAGAAGAAGCGUUCCGGAACGGAUACACCAUGGCCUUUGCCCAAUUUCAAAGGCAAAAGGAUCUCGACCGGGGGAUCGGUUACGAGCGAGGUCAAGAUAGGGAUAGGGACCUGGGCUCGGUCCGAUUACCGCCCAUCUCGGUCGGUACCGGUCGGUAG